UUGCGAGGUGGCUAACGAUGCAACAGAACUAUGGUGGUGGAUUUCACUCGAUGCAGACAACAUCAGGUGAAGAUGUGCGUGAUUUCAGCAAGGUGCUGAAAAAUAAGUUCAGAUCAAAGAAAUACUUUGCCAAACAUCCUCGCUUGGGUUAUUUACCAGUACAAACAGUUCUAGAAGGCGAGAACCUUGAGACUGGAUCUGUUGGAGUUGCACACAGCGCAACGCGUCUUUGAUCAACACAAAUUGACACAAACCGAGCAACUUCUGAAUGUGACUGAAGUAAUCAACUGUUUAACGUCCAUUUAUGAUGUUUUGGAACAAAACCACAAGGACUUGGUCAAUGUGCCACUCUGUGUCGACAUGUGUCUGAACUGGCUGCUGAACGUAUUUGAUACGGGUAUGAGUGGAAGAAUCAGAGUGCUUUCUUUGAAAAUUGGCUUGACGUGACUCUUCAAGGAUCAUCUAGAGGAAAAAUACAAGUAUCUCUUCAAACAAGUCGCUGAACCCACAGAUUUAUGUGACCAACGAAGCCUGAGUCUUUUGCUUUACGAUGCAGUCCAGAUCCCUUGGCAGCUGGGUGAGGUAGCUUCAUUUGGAGGCUGCAACAUUGAACCAAGUAUCCGCAGUUGCUUCCAACAUGGCCAGAACAAACCAGAGAUUGAUGUUGAACGCUUUGUCGAGUGGAUGAGAUUGGAGCCUCAGUCCAUGGUGUGGCUGCCUGUUCGACACCGUGUGGCAGCUGCUGAAACUGCAAAACAUCAGGCUAAGUGUAACAUCUGCAAAGAGUACCCAAUCGUAGGUUUCAGGUACCGCAGUCUCAAGCACUUCAAUUCUGACAUCUGCCAAAGCUGUUUCUUUUCGGGGCGCACAUCAAAGGGACACAAGUUACAUUGCCCCAUGGUGGAGUACUGCACUCCGGGGUUGGAGUCGAAGAAUCAGAGUGCUUUCUUUGAAAAUUGUCUUGAUGUGUCCAUCCAAGCGUCAACUGGAGGAAAAAUACAAGUAACGUGGAACGGUACAGCGCAGUACAGGCCCUUCGGCCCACGAUGUUGUAUCAAACUUUUACCCUCAUCCUAAGGUCUAUCUAACCUCCACCCCUACCUUAUAUUGUCAUCCAUUUGCUUGUCUAAUAGCCAAUUAAAUGCCCCUAAUGAGGCUGACUUCACUACCCUCUCCGGCAUUGCAUUCCACUCCCCUACGACUCUGAGUAAAGAAGGAUGGAUACCUUUUCUACUUCUGCAACUAAAAUUUCGUACCAAGGUACUUUGUCCCUGAGAUGACACCGUCUGAGGUGACAUUGUACUCUUGUACCGUGUAUUGAAUACAUGUGAUAAUAAAACCUAAAUCUAAAUCUAAUGCAUAGCAGGACACUGGGAAGCUUCGAGGAGAAAAGGGAUGCUGGGGUGCUUGUUCAUAAAUUCCUGAAGGGGUCAGGACAGGCUAGUAAGGGUUGUUACAAAGACAUAUGGGACAUCUCCCUUUAUCAGUCGUGGCGUAGAUUCUAAGAAUGGGGAGGUCACUUUGGAGCUGUUUAAAAGUUUGUUUCGGCCACAGCUGGAGUCGUGUGUGGCGUUUUGGUCACCACCCAUUAGGCCUUGUUAGCCCUCCAGAGUUCGUUAGCCCACAUUUUUCCUGGUUGAGUUCCAAUUGCUGUGCCCAGCUGACCAGUCAGUUGAUCUCCUCCUGAAGUUUAUUCAUCCUGCCUGUCAACCAAUUUUAGAUCCAGUGUGCCACUUUGCCUUUGAUCCCAUGGCUGUUAUUUACAUGACCAUU